AUGGGGGCGCCAAAAGCUCCCCGCCAAAAGCCCCACGCUCAUGCCAAAAGCGCCGUGCACCCUGGCCACCGCCACCUCUUUGCCCACCAGCCCCUGCAUGACUUUCUGGGCACAUGCUGCUUCAGCGCACCCCUUCGCUGCUCUUUCCGCUGGGAAAUGGGAACCCAGGGCGGCCAUGGGGAGCUGAGCAGCCGCAAGGUCACUGCUCUGGGCUGGCCUUUCCCUGCUGGGAGGGCCGCCCGCUCGGUCCUCGGCCCCGCCGGCGUGGGCGGCGUGGGCAUGGGCUUGCUGAGCGCCGGCAGCCUGCCCGGCUUCUACGCGCAGCCCACCUUCCUGGAGGUGCUGGCCGACCCGCCGGGCGUCCACCUGCAGCCCCUCGGCAGAGCCCCCCCGCAGCAGCUGGACACCAGCCAGACGGCCAGCUCAGAUUCCGAGGAUGUUUCCUCCAGCGACAGGAAAAUGUCCAAAUCCUCCUUGAACCAGAGCAAGAAGCGGAAGAAGAGACGGCACAGGACAAUCUUCACAUCCUAUCAACUGGAGGAGUUGGAAAAAGCCUUCAAUGAAGCCCAUUAUCCUGAUGUCUAUGCGAGGGAGAUGCUGGCUAUGAAAACAGAACUUCCUGAAGACAGGAUACAGGUUUGGUUUCAGAAUCGAAGAGCCAAAUGGCGGAAGAGGGAGAAAUGCUGGGGCAGGAGCAGUGUAAUGGCAGAAUACGGGCUGUACGGGGCAAUGGUACGUCACUCCAUCCCGCUGCCAGAGUCCAUCCUCAAAUCGGCCAAGGAUGGCAUAAUGGAAUCCUGCGCUCCUUGGCUGUUGGUUCAAGAUGGCUUUCCCAUGCCCAGGCGCUUUUCUAAACCCGAAUACCAACAAUUCUUUUUAGGGAUGCACAAAAAAUCUCUGGAGGCAGCGGCUGAGGCGGGGAGGAAGCCAGAGGUGGAACGCCAGGCCCUGCCCAAGCUUGACAAGAGUGACAAGGAAGAAAGGGGCCCAGAUUCCAAAACCACCAUUUCCCAGGAAGAACUGAGAGAGAACAGCAUUGCUGCCCUCAGGGCCAAAGCUCAGGAGCACAGCACCAAAGUCCUGGGGACCAUCCCCGGAGAUCCUGCUACCCCAGUCAGGAAGCCAGAGAAAGAGGAGGAGGCAGCCACAGCAGAGGACCAACGGCAAAUGGAAUCACAAGCAGAUUUAUCACAAGAGGAAGAGAAGCUGAUUUAG